AUGGAAAACGCCACUAUCUGGCUCCAACAACUUGAAAAAGCAAUACGUUUAGAUGACCUAGUAGAAAGUGAACUUGACAUUCUCUUAAUCAAGCUAGACCUCUCAAUUUUCAAACUAGUAGAGAAAAGAGGGUUCAACAAUUGUCAAGAAAUAAAACAAUUUCUCAAGGACAACUACGAUGGAACUAGCUCAACUGAAUACUCAUUACGCAAACUAGUCACUUUCAAAUUGAAUCUAGAAUCUGCCAAUGCACUUGAACUAUCGUUGAACGAACUAGAAAAACUAAUGGCAACUGCCCACAGCAGUUUAGGAGAAAAGGCCCUAGAGCGAGAAAUUCAUACCUACAUCCUGAAAUCCUUAGCCCAUAACACAGCUCUCCUACAUGCCACUGGAUACUCCCUCAACAACCGAUCUAUCGAAGAAUUAAAGACAGAAAUAGUUACAGCCUACAAAUUAACCAGUCAAGAAAAGAGCCUUCACUGUUCCUAUUGUAAGAAAAGCAAUCACACUGUGGACAACUGUAGACGCAAAAAUGGAGAAUGCCUAAGAUGUGGAGCUGGUGAUCACAAACUUAAUGAAUGCUCCCAAAGAAACAGUAAAUCUCCACCAAUCUUUCGAAACCCAUACUCUAUCACCAAACCCACUGCUUCCACCAAAACUACUGCCCCCACUGUCUCUACUGAAUCAACUGUCCCCACUGAAUCCACCACCGCCACAGUCCACUGUCAAAUGAAAGAAAGACCACUCCACAAUGCUCCUGACCAUGUCGACAACCAAAAAGAAACUACCAAAGAAAUUGACAAGAUUGACAUAACCGAUACCGAAAAUUUCAGUGAAGAAGAAGAAGAAGAAGAAAACAUUACUGUCUAUGAACCAAAUGAAUUAAAAGAACCAUAUCUAACUAUUAUCGAACAGGCCAAUGAAACUAAUGGAUUGUAUAUUGUCAAUGUAACCAUAAAGAACCACUGCUUCAGAGGAUUGAUAGACACUGGAUCCCAAGUUUCUAUCAUACCAACGGAAUGUGCCAAGUACAUCACUGACAUAUCUACAUUACCUACCCGAACGAUCCGUACUGCAAGUGGCACCUUCACAGUAAAAAGAAUCCCAGAAUCUAUUGAGAUGAUCAUUGAAAACUACAAAAUAUCAAUCCAAGACUUGUUAAUAUCUCCAAACACUUUUCAUGGUUUUGAAGGAAUACUAGGGCUUGAUGUGUUGAAGAAAAUAAACAUUCACAUUACGUUUAAUAAUAAAUCAUUAAACACUGAUCUUAUUGUAAAUCAUGUUGUGAUUAAUAAAAAUAAUCUUAACACUAAAAAUGAUUCUUUAGAUCAAAUUGCCAAUAAAUUUAAGAUUGCCAUACGCCUAAGAUUCCCAAAUCUAGAACCCAAGAAUAAAUAUGAUGUGGGAAGAAGCAUCAACACUGCCCCCAUCCAAAAAUUUGUCAAUGUGAAACCCCUAAACAUAAAAUUUUACAGUUGCCCCAUCACACCAGAUCUUCUUGCAAACAUCCACGAAAUGGAACACUACGGAAUUAUAAGACGAUCAAAGGCUCUUGAAAUCCAACCUUUUUACUCAAUUAUAAAAAGGGACAAAAACAACCAACCGAAACCAUUCACUGAUCAAAACAAUACUGUUCACCAAAGAGUUCGCAUCCUGUUUGACGCAAGAGAGCUGAAUCAUAAAACUGUAAAACUGAACUACGAACCCAACACUCUUGCGAAAAUCAUACAAUCAUUACGAAAAUUCACCUUCGCCUCUGUCAUUGACCUACAUCAAGGAUUCUUCCAAAUAAAAUUGAAUCCAGAAAAUUGCAAAAAUUUCAACUUCAAGGUAGGAACAACAACCUAUUCAUAUGCAAGAUUACCUCAGGGAUGCAUCAACAGUCCAAUCAUAUUCCAACGAAGCAUUGAACUACUAUUUGAAGAAUUCAGGGAAAGGUCAACAAAGGACAAUUUUCAACUUGAAAUUUACCAAGACGACAUUAUCCUAUUGACCUCAAAGGAUGCUAUUCAUCACCUCAGAAUACUUGAAGAAAUGCUCUCCACAUUGAGUGAAAAAGAUGCUAGACUGUCUGUAGCCAAAUCAAAGUUCCUGAAGAAAGAAAUUGAAUACUUAUCCUGGAAAUUCAGUUACGACAGCAUAAAACCAAGUGACAGUUCUAUCUCCAAAUUAGUAAACUCAACUCUACCUGUGAAAAAGAAGAAUCUAUACUCAAUAAUACAAGCUGCUAACUACUUUCACACUGCCAUACCAAAUUGGGAGAAAAUAACUCGCCCACUAUACCAACUGACUCGCGGUAACCUCAACGAUAAAAUAGAAUGGAACCAACAACAACAUCUAUACAAGAAUCUUUUAACAGCUCUAUUAGAGAUACCUCCACUAAAAAUGAUGGACCCAUCAAAACCACUAAUUCUAGCGGUUGACGCCUCAAACGAAGCCGUUGGAGGCUAUUUAUACCAGGAAGAAGGAAACAAACGACAAAUUUUAGGUCACUUUUGCAACGUUCUAGGCCCCACCAUCAAAGCCCGAAGCCCGAGUUAUCUCGAACUAAAGAGCAUUGCUGUGGGAGUUGACAAAUUCAAAAACUUGAUAACCGGACGGACACUCUACAUUCACUCUGACCACAAGCCCCUAAGCACACUACUUCACAGCAAAUCCAUUACCCAACCAAAACACUUUGAAUUAAUGGCAUCCAUAAACCAAUACGCUACCGCAAUCAAAUACCUACCUGGAAACGAAAACACCCUAGCCGACCUCUUGUCACGACCCAAUACCACCUCCAAUAUCUCCAAAUGCUAUGCUAUUUUAGAAACUACUUCUCAAGAACGAGACACUAUGACCCAAAUCAUAUUACAAGAUCAAAAUAACCUGAAAGACUUUGACAUUGAACUUAAAGGAAUGAAAUUUAAGAAGGGAGGGGAUGGCAAGCUAAAGCUACCAUUAUCCAGAAAUAAAUCAAUCCUGAAACUCAUUGAAAUGUACCAUGAAAAAUAUGCUCACCUCUCUGCAAGAAAAAUGGAAGAACUAAUAAAGAACAAAUACUUGAUCCAGAAUCUACGACAACAUAUCAACAAAUACUUAGAGAAAUGUGAAAUCUGUCAAAAGAUUAAAGAUGAAGACUGUCUACGACCUGAACUGAAAACCAUUCAAUACCCAGAAGAAACCUGGGAGAUAGUCGCCAGCGAAAUCCUAGUGAUACUUCAACACGGCAAAGUAAUUCAAUUCAUCUGCACCCUAUCCAGAUUCUGGAUACCUGUACUACUCGAGAACCUGACUGCAGAAAAUACCAUCAACAUCACAAUAAAAGAAAUAUUCUCCCGUUUCGGCUCCCCCAAAAAACUGAUAGUAGAUAGUGGCACUAAUUACAAAAACGCAGACAUGAAAAAACUAUGCGACACAUUCAAUAUUGAAAUAAGCUACUGCACUCCAGAUCACAAAACAGGUAACAGCAUUGCAGAACGCUCCUUCCGCACUAUGCGCACAAUACUAAUGAAGCUGAAAUGUAUCACGGACAAAGAUGCAACUUUUGAUCUAAAAUCAGCCAUCAACUACGCUGCAUUCAUCUACAACAUUUCAAAAAACGACACCACCAGAAAGACCCCUUUCCAAAUCAUGUUCGGCAGAGAGCCAAACAAUAUCGACAUUAUAGGAAUGGAAAUAGGAAUAAGUGAGAAUGUCACCCUUGAGAAAAUAAAAAUGCUAAGAAUGUCAGCCCGAAUCACCUCAGAAAUUCUAAGACAAAGACAAAAUCAAGAACUAAACAAAUCUAGAGGCAAGGACGAACUAAGAAUAGGAAGCAAAGUUUUUAUAAAAUCACACCCAGCCAACAAGCUCCAACUUCCUUUCCAGGGACCUUACAUUGUGAAGAAAAUUAUUGAAGACACUUGUCAUUUAUCAAUUGAAGGAAGACCAGGAAGACCUCUAGUCCGAAACAAAGCCCAACUGAAACUUUUCCAAGACAGGAAACCUACAAUGGAACCAGGCAGCAGAAAUCUAGAUUGA